AUGGAUGGGGAUUACAAAGGACUGAGACAACUGGAACUAUCAGAAAGUGAAAAUCUUCCAUUUGAUUGGGAGAGAACGGGCUCCGGAGGAGAUAACAUUCGUGGAUUCAUAGAGGAAGAACAAGAUAACCACAACUGUAACGCCGCAGCCAUCAAAUCGGAACAAAGUGCGAGUCGUAUUCGGAGGCAAAUCAGUAAAAUGAAUGAAAUCAUUCAAGAUGAAGAUUUUGCUCGCAAUCAACAUGGCCAGAUGGCAAUCCAAGACCUAAAUCGACUCCGUGACGAAGUCCAUUCACCAUACAUUCAUACGAUGGACGUAUUUUUGGCAGCUCGCAUGAAAACAAAUAAAUCAUUGAGCAAAGAAAUCAUCGAGAUCAUGUAUCAGCUCGACCUAUCCGACAUGAAAUCUCUUCUUUAUCAUAUUUUGGAACCGAGACAACAUCCGGAACAUUUCCAAAUCAAGACUAUCGAUCAAUUUCCUAGCUAUUUGCAAAGUUUCGUGGAAAUCGUGGCCGGGAAGCUUUGUAAUGAGCGA